GAUGAAACGAUUGAGACUCAUAUUGACAUGCUGCUCUGAAGGCUCCUGUUAGGACAGUUUAACUUGUUUUGUCCGAGCCAUGGAUGGCGUGUUGGAGGGAGCUGCUGUGUUGUGUGCAUGCAAACUAGCCUGCAGUCUUCCCUUCCUGCCUUCAGUGACUGCCUCCUUUAGCGCUGUUGCCUUCUGCUGCUGCAGCCUGCUGAUCUUCACUGACCUCCUCGUCACAGUGUUUCUAACUUUUGUGUGGAUUGCCGAGUCCUGGCUACCCCAGCUGUCUGUGCUCAGUGAUGUCAUCGCCCUGCGCUUUCUCCUCUUUCUUAGCCAUACAUACGGGGCAGUGUUGCUCCUGAUCACGCCUCUGAUUGGUGCGGAGACGGUAACUAGGCUGCUGUGGCCGCACACUGACACUGACAGGGGAGUGGGUGAUGAGGGCUGUGAGGGUGCUGUGGACCAGCAUUAUUGCGAUUUAGAGGUCAAGGGGAAUAGGAAUGAUGGGAAUGACAUGGACUCUGACCCCGAAAAAGGGCAGGGGCUGUCCCAUGUCAUCGGCUACCUGUGCUGCCUGUCGGUGUGGAUUGUGGUUGGCCUCAGUGUCAGGCGUGGAUGGAAGCUGGAAGAGGUGUGGGCUGCUGCCUGCAUGCACACAACCGGCUCCCUCGUUGGAUGUUUACCAGGCCCCAUGCCCAGCACUCUGGAUCCCUGCUGGGUCGUGGCGUUCGUAUCCCUCCUCCUGUUCCUUUCUAUGGUUAUGGGCCUACACAGGCGACACCAGGCCCCCGCACACACUGCGAGGACACACAGGAAGAAACAUGGAGCUGACAGUAACAGCAACAGUGGCUGGCAACACCUCGUCCCAGCACUUUCUGUGCCAUCCAAAACUGUGAACCCUGGGAUGUGGGUGUCAGAGCCAGCGCAGCAUGUUGACCCAGAGAAAACACAGAGCAGCUGCACUGUUCACACAGCAUAUUCCUGGAACAGCAUACAGAUGUCGCCGCAUCACCAUGGAGACUUUGUCCUCCUUUCCCCAAAGUGUUUGCCUGCAGACUGGGGGAGACAGGAGUGCGACAGGACAAAGAGAGGUAUACCUCUGGCAUUUAUCACGUUGGAACGCAUGGACUCACAAUGCAGGAGCCUGUGUGGGUGGCGACAAUGGGGCUUUCCCUGCCUGGGGGUGAAUAUAAUGACAGGGCUGGUGGGUGUGCUCUCUGUCUUUGUACUGCCUCUGAACCUCAGUGUGAACAUUCUCCUGAUCCGUACAUUAGAGACGCUGCUGGAAUUGUGUAUUAAAUCUUUAGUACCUCAGCAGCAAAUACAUGAGAGCAGCCAGUCUCUCAUAAAAUGACACUGAUGUGAAGCCAGAGCUGUGAAGAAUGGUGGAUGAUGAUUGGAAGCCUUUUUUUUUUUUUUCCAUGUGACUGGAUCACCAAAUUAAUAUUGCAUGCAUGCAGACAGCUGCACUUUCUAUCAAUAGUGGUUUAAUAGUGUAAAUAGCCCAUCCCCAGCGACUGCUCUCGUGUGGAAUAACAUGGGGAAAGAAGCUGAAAGGUGCUGAAAAGGCAGGUUGAGGCGUGCUUAUACCAGAAACACAGACACUCAACCUGACUGAACAGCCAUAACACUGUGUAGUUAGAGGUGGUGCACAUCUGAUCUGCAUUGUUUUGUCAUUAAACAAUGGUGCUUCAGUGUGUUUAUUUUCUUUUAUCCACAUAGACAAAAGUACAGGUAACGGUAACAGAGGCAUAGAGAAGACAAGACAACACUGAGAAUAGUAGUGACAGAAAUUUAAAAAAAUAAAUAAAUAAAAUAAAUGAACGAAUAAAUUAAUAAAUAAACAAUCACUCAGCGAGAGUCCAGAGCUAUCACUUAUGUCAUACUGCCGGCGAAUGAACGUAAAAUGUAGAGUGUUUCCUUCCAUGCCUGACUCCUGGGUAUUUGUCAGUCUUACUGUAAUUUCUCCAAGCAAUGCAAACAGUGAUGUGCACCAACAAACAAACAAACAUACAGUCCAACAAACAUACACAGUCUAGGCCUUUAUAGAGGCGCUCCCAAGCACCUUCUUAUAGCCUUCUUAGAAUUUCCACAAGGAAAUGUUUGAUCCAACUCCCUAUAGAAGGUUACAAUAUGACCAAAUAUAAAUAAAGCCCACAGGUGGUCACUGGCAAAAUGUCCAACUCAUGUCUUUUUCAUUUUCGAAUUAUAAAAUUUACCUACUUAUUAUUCAUUAUUUAUUAGGAAUUAAACCUAGACAUACAUUAUAACUGGUGAAGAAUGAGGAAAAGCCAGUGAGCAUGUGCAGUCCCCCUUAGGGCUGUGAGGGCGGUUAGUCGUUUGUUCCCUAAGCUUUUUAAGAUUUUGCAGAGUACAUGUAUGUGUUAAGUGCUAUUUUAGGUGUAAGUGACAAUGAUUCAGUGUCUGCCCAGGCUGGGGAAGGCUCUGAGGAGAAGUAAUACAUUCUAGUGCGCAACUGUGUGGCCCAGCAAUACCACUGGAAACUUGGAAGUUUAAGCCCCCACUCUGUCAUACGGCAAAUAUAAUAAUGUCAAACAUAACCGGUGUUGUCUGUUAUUCCAAAUGAAAUUCAAACAUGUUUUUCUUCAUUUAGACACGUAGGAUAUUGGCAGGGACAAGGGUUUAUAUUUUGAAACAGGUGUAAUAGUUUUGGAAGGAUAUUCAUUUUAACUACAUUUAUUCGCCCUAUUACAAAUCAGCACAUCUGAGUAUCUUUCUGUCUUUAAAGAAUGGGUUACAGAACACGUUUCUUCAGUUGAAUUAUCCUCUUCAGAUCUGUGGGUGUGUUUGUCACUUGCUGCGUGGCUGAGCUUUGUUCUAACCUUAAUUUAAAUUCCAGUAGAGAUCCCAAGGUUUCCAGAGGCACCAAAUAUGCCCUGCUGGAUUACAGGGAAAUGUGUAUAAAAGGCACAAGACAUCUAGAUAUUUUCUGUUUAAUGUAAUGCAGCAGCCAUAAAACAAUGGCAUCUUGGCUUUCAGUAUUUCACUCAUUGUAAGCAUGACGUUGUUUCAGCGAAGAACUGAAACCAGCAGAUCCAAAAUAUGUAAGUUGCAUUGUUGUGCAAUGGGGAAAAAAAUGUGGUUUUAAACUUUGAAGCUACUUAAGGGGAAAUUUUAGGGAAAAUCAGAGUGCAAGGAGUUCAAGCCCAAUGCUGGAGCCUGCACCAUUUUGAAUAUCGAAGUACACUGCGUCAAAUAAACCGCGCAUAAACCGAUAGAUAAAUAAAUAAAGGUGACUUCGAA